UUGCCAGGGGUGGACUGACCAUUUGGAAACUCAGGCACAGCCUGAGGCCCUGGGUUUGCAGGGGGCCCCAUGAGAUGCCCCUGGUACCUUUUUCAUAGGCUUUUUUGAGUUUGGGCAAAGACACAGGGGCCCCAUGAUCCCCUAUUGCCCGGGGGCCCCAUGAGUUGUCAGUCCGCCCCUGGUCCUUGCAUUAAUGUACUAUUAAUUGCAUUAAGUGCGGAAUUUAAAAAAAGCAGUUCUUCCCACCCCUCUGCUGCCCAUUUUCACAGAAGCCUUUGUGUUUUAUGAAU